ACCUGGUCACAGGUUCGAAGUACUCAAGAUACAUUUUUUUUUUUGGCUUGUAGUCACCAAAAUCUCAGCGCCGGCGUGGGAGCUGGGACAAUGGAUACGGUGGAGGAGAUACGACGAAUGAGUGGUUACGGCGGAGAUGUGAUAGUAGUCGGUGGGUUCCCGGAAUCGGAAUCUGAAUCCGAUUUAGCGGCGGCAGAGAUUAUGGUUAUAUGGGCUAUUCAAGGGCCAACUUCUUUUGCUCCAAACGCUCUGGUUGCUCAGUCUUCUCUUGAGCUGCGUCUCGACGCUUGUGGCCACUCACUCUUAAUUCUCCAGUCUCCUUGUUCAAUGAACACGCCUGGAGUAACCGGGUCAGUAAUGUGGGACAGUGGAGUGGUGCUAGGGAAGUUCUUAGAACAUUCUGUUGACUCUAAGGUUCUUUCUCUUGAAGGCAAGAAGAUAGUCGAGUUGGGUUCUGGUUGUGGCUUAGCUGGUUGUAUCGCAGCACUUUUGGGAGGCAAUGUUGUACUCACUGAUCUUCCAGAUAGACUGAGGCUACUCAACAAGAACGUCCAAACCAAUUUGCAGCGUGGGAACACGCGGGGAUCUGCUGUUGUGCAGGAACUUGUUUGGGGAGAUGAUCCAGAUCCAGAUUUGAUUGAACCACUUCCUGAUUACGUAUUAGGCUCAGAUGUUAUCUACAGUGAAGAAGCUGUUCACCAUUUGGUUACAACGCUUGUGCAACUUUGCGGGGAUCAAACUACAAUCUUCCUAUCAGGAGAAUUACGGAAUGAUGCUGUUCUUGAGUAUUUCUUAGAAUCCGCACUGAAAGACUUCGCGAUUGGGCGUGUGGAACAAACACAGUGGCAUCCGGAUUAUCGCAGCCGUAGAGUCGUGCUAUAUGUUCUUGAGAAGAAGUCGAAGAGAUGCCUCGCUGAUGGUUCUUCCCUUAAUCAAUCUUGUUAGCCAUUUAGGUAUGUUUGUUUACAGUUUAUGGUAGAUAAUGUCAAAAGAAAGCACUUGGAAAAUUGAGUUAAACGUAUGCUAUGAAAGAUAAAGAACAUCACAGAAAAUUAUGCGAGUCCAUAUCGGAGAACAACAAAGCCUAUAUACACUUAAUAUUGGUUAUUGAUUUAGUGACUUCUCUGGUCGGAUCCUUCCUUACGUAUACAACUAACAACGUUAUGCUAAUAGAGUUUGAGAUCUAAAAAAACAGAUGUACUAUUUCUAUGUUAAUUUUGUUGGAUUGAAUUGGAUUCA